UCUCCUACUCUCGAAUGAGUGCGAAUUUCGAUGUAUGUGUAAAGUGCUCGACAGAAUAAAAAAAAUGUGUUCUGAGUUCUCUGCAUCUGUAGCUGGGUUCAAAGAACUUAUUUUAUGAUUUGCUUCAAACUUCAGUGAACAAACUACAAUUGUCUUCAACUUUAACUUUUUUUAUUCUGUAAAUACGUUUUUUUUUUAAAUCUAACUACGCACUCAUGGAUUAAAAUUUGUGAAAAGCAACGAGUAUUAUCCGCUACGUCAUCUAUUUCCAUAACUUAUGUCAGCUGUUAACCCAAAUUAGGCAAUUUACAAGUUCCUCGUAAAGUAGUAUGAACAAUAAGAGUUGGUAGAUUUUUCGCAAUAGGAAAAUGAAAGUCUUUAAUGACAACAUUGAAUAAAUCAAGGUAAAAUGUCUGACGAUAGAUCUGAUAGAUUAUUAGGAACAUUACCGGAUCGAGAAGAUCAGUGGCAUACAGUUCAAGCAGCUCUUGAAGAUUCGAGACCCGAUAGAUAUCGUCUUCCAACAAUAGGAACAUUAAGGACACUUAGUACUUCAUCCUCAGAACGACAAAGUGACAGGCUUUCUAAUGAACCUACCGACGUUUUGGCGACCACAAUAUCUUCAGAAGAAGAGCCAACAUUUACUUCUAAUAUGACAGAUCAAGAAUCUUCAGGAGAUGUUACUGAUGGAGCUUCAUCUCCUAAUCAAACAUCUGGAAGUGUACCGACAUUAAGUUCUGAUGAUGACAAAAGGUAUUGCUGGGUAUGUUUUGCAACGGAUGAAGAUGAUGCAACAGCUUCUUGGGUGAAGCCAUGUCACUGUAGGGGUACCACUAAGUGGGUACAUCAAGGAUGUAUACAAAGAUGGGUAGAUGAAAAACAAAAAGGAAGAGCUGGUGCUUAUGUUGCAUGUCCACAAUGUAAUACAGAAUACAUAAUUGUUUAUCCUAAUAUGGGACCUUUAGUUGUAGUACUGGAUACAAUAGAUGGUGUGAUUUUCCGAGUGUGUCCAUUCAUAGCUGCAGGAAUAGUUGUAGGAUCGAUUUACUGGACUGCUGUAACAUAUGGAGCUGUGACAGUGAUGCAAGUUGUAGGACAUAAAGACGGCCUAACAAUGAUGGAACAAGCAGAUCCAUUAGUACUUUUGGUUGGAUUACCUACAAUUCCUAUAAUGUUAGUACUUGGUAAAAUGCUUCGAUGGGAAGACCAAGCGUUGAGUUUAUUAAGGCGUCAUGCUUGUAAAGUGCCAGUUCUUAGACAUUUUUUUUCAAGAAGUCAUUCAGAUGAAGAACGAACCCAAUCUCAAGAAGUUCCGCCAAUGAGUGAUCCAAGUUCUGCUACUCGGAUUCUUUGUGGAGCUCUUUUGCUUCCUACAAUCGCUAGUAUUUGUGGGCGAAUAUUUUUUGAAAGUAUCACUUCUAAUUUUCAACGUACUAUUCUUGGUGGAGUGGCAUUUAUUACGAUAAAAGGAGCUUUUAAAAUUUAUCAUAAACAACAACAAUAUGUAAGGCAAUGUCAACGACGCAUUAUGGACUAUACAGAAAGUAAUGUUGCAAUAUAUAAAAGACAACAAAACACAGAAAAUGGUCAAACGGGUUGAAUAUUAAUAAUUUAAAAAUGAUUUCAAUCUACUCAAUUAAAUAUGCGUUAAUUGAGGUAAUUAAGUCCAAUCUGUUAUCAUCAAUUUUGCAUAUAAAAAUUGUAUUGGUUUUAAUCCAAAAUAUUAUAAAACUAAUUAGAUUAAAGCUGACGAAGAUGUAAAUGAAUAAAAAUUCAAUACGAGUGUAGAAAAGAAUUGAAUUAACUGUAAAUAUUCAUAUAAGACAGAUUUUAAGUAAAUCAUUAUAGUGGAUUAUAAUACAGUUGAUGUAGUAAUCAAAUAUCACUUGUAGAAAAACGUUCUCCUGUUUAACAAAAAAUAAACAAUUUCUUUUUAUAGUUCUUAAUAUUAAACAUUUUUGUGAAUUGUUCCGAAAGUUAUGAAAAUAGUGACCUCUGAAAAAUUUUAAAAUUAAUUUCUUACGUACUAGUUAAACCAAUUCUAUAAUGAAUGUGUAGUAAAAUAUUUGAAUUGAAGGAUAAAUUGAAUUUUUACUCAAAUUUUUAUGCAAUCUUCGACAUUUUUGCAUAUGUAUCUGGCAGAGGUGCUUGGGAUAAUUUGCUGGUAUAUGACGAAUUUUGUAAUUUCAAUUUGUUUAAUAAAAACAUUUAUUUUAAGAUCA